AUGACUACAAUAAAGAAGGAUGAAAAGGAAUCCUUAUUAUUUCAAUCUAUAUUUAAACAUUCAUACCUAAGAAGAAGAAUAUUUGAUUAUUGCAAGAGUUUGUCAAAUGACACUGCCAACACUAGAUUUCAUGUUAAAGUAAAUGAUCAUGGUAGAAGAGUAAAGUCAGAGUCUGUUCAAAGAUCUCAUUUACUAUACAAUCAAAUUGGAUCGUAUUGGGCGUUAAAUGUAGAAAGACCUUUUAAUUACAAGAUGGAUACCUUUCGAUAUGCUGAAAGAUGUAAAUACGAUGAUUACAUUUACAUGUAUCAUUGUAUCGUGGACAAGCAUUUUGGAAUCAUAAAGGAUCGUUUAAAGAACAAAAGAAAACUCCAUGUCGACGAUAUAUCGAUAGUAGAGUACAUUAAAAGCAAUCAUAAUGACAUGGAGUUGUUUGAUCUUGUGUACUCUCAGUAUCACAAGUUGUUUGACAAUGCAACCGUAUUUUCAUUGGCAUGUUCAAAUGGUAAUAUGUACAUUAUAGAACGUCUCUUUUACAAAGGAAUGGAUGGAAAAGGAUUGUUAGGGACAUCUGCCCAAGCAGGUCAUUUUCAAGUACUGGAUUAUUUGGUUGAGAAUGGUUUCUCUACAGAGGUCGAUAAUAUUGAUGAAUUUGUAUACCAUACUCUUUGUCAUCCAACAGGACUUUAUCAAUAUUGUUUGGAGACUUUGAAAAUACCCAAUAUAGACACUGUCAAAUUGUUACCAAAAGAUGAUAAAAUAUGGAAAUGUUCAAACGUUGACUUGAUAUCAAAGUUUUUCCCAAUCAGUACUGAUCAAGGUUGGUUUAAAAAGUAUAUCAGUACUGAUCUAUCAUUACAUAAUCCCCCGAGUCAAAGAAAAGCUUUUCUAUUGGAUAUUGCCAAAAGACAAACAUUGGUUCAAAUUGAUGAACAAUCAAUAGUGGAUCAUCUUUCAAAUGAAUAUGGUUUUAGUAGUGGAAAUAUGGUUCAUUCAGAUUUGAUAGAUACUGCCUAUUCAUAUCAAAUUAUUAAACAAUUGGAUCAAUUACAUCUUUUAUAUCAACCAAUUGUCCAAACCAAUUUAAUUCAAACCUUUUUAAAAUUGACAAAACAACAAGAUGAUGUUGUUUUAAAUGCAAUCAGAUUUUUGUAUAGUAUAUUCGAAAAAUCAUUGGUUUUAAAGACUGUUUCUACAAGAUCAAAUUGUAAGAUCGAACAACUUGAAUAUGCAAUCAAGAUUUAUCAGUCUAUGGAGGUUGAUCAGAAUUCAGUUUGGAAAGAGUUUGAUAGUGUAACUAUUGGACUUUGCAUAUUGGCUGGUGGACAGGUGAUGACUAUUGCUCGAUACAUUAAAUCCAUCAUACCAGAUAUACAAAGUCUACAGAAAACAAGGAGUCUUGGCAAUUGGAUGUUUCAUUCAAUGACUGUUGAACAAUUCAAAUUUUUCAUUGAAAUUGACUCUUAUCAAUUGGAUCUAAUGUAUAUGACACUUGAAAAUUCCAAUCCAAUCUUGAUGGCCUAUUACUAUGAAAUGUUGGAAAAAUCUACACUUCAAGGUGGUGUGGUGCCUUCAUUACCAACAGAUCGAGCAAUCUUUAAUGCAAUCGAAACCAACAACUUUAAAAUGAUUGAAAAGUUCUUGCGCAUGGCUCUAUUAAUGGAUGGCAAUUUUAAUGCCAUUUUGGAUUGCUCUGUGAUGCUUGGAACUAUUGAAAUGACACAAUAUCUAAUUAGACAAGGUCUAACUUUUAUUGGAAAAGAAAUGCCAUGGAGGUUUUGUGGUGAAACUGGUAGCAUCUCAUUAUUUAACCUAUUGGUAGAAAACUCUCUUGACCAACAUUGUGAUAAAUCACUUUACUUUGCUCUUUGUCAUUAUAGAAAGGAUCUAGUCAAUCAUAUCAUCUCUUCAUCUAGUUCAUUGGAUUUUAUUAAUAUUCAAAAAGCAAAGUCAUACGAUAUACAUGGAAUUUUAAUUAAUAAUAGUAGAUUUAUAAAUUAUCUAGAAAAACUAAUUCAAAAUGAAGAUGAAGAUUUGUUUCAAUAA